GGUAGGUGAAGUUGAAAUGAGCUCCGUCCAAGCCUUCAAAGCUUCUCCGUGGCAAGUGCUUUUCACGAUCUGUCUCGCAGUCCGGUGGUGCACAGCUGGCCCAGUGAUCCAUGAUGAUGUCCUGCAGGACCUAAAGAGGCUGAACCUGACCCAGGCUAAGCUGAUCGCAGAAAACUCCACCAUCAAGUGCAGCCUGACCCCGAAUCUGUGCGACUGGCAGCUUCAUCUAUACGAGGGUCAUUCCUUCAGUGCUCCACUUGCGCCGGUCGUACAAGCCACCGCCGCUCCUGUUCGAGAAACCUUCGAAUUGACGCCUCCAGAAGCUGGGCCGCAGCUAUUCAUUGUGGCCGAGGUGGAACCCAAGCCGAAAAGGAAAGUGCGACACAGAAGAAAGCUAUCGCGCCGAACCCCUUUUAACUACUCGAGUAAACACAGAUUUAUAUGGCUGGUGCUGCCAUAA